GGGUCGGGGGGCGGGGGGAGGAACCUGGGGCUGACACCAGUGCACCCGGACACCGCACGAGCCUCGCCUGUGACAGCGCCCCGGGUCCGGUCGAGGGCAGCGGGGGGAGGAGAGAAGGAGGAGGAGAAGGAGGAGGAGGCGGGAGCAGCAUCCGGAGCCGAGCUGCAGCAGCGCCGCCUUUUGUGCUGCGGCCGCGGAGCCCCUGAGGAGGAAGAGAGGGAAGGAGGAGGAAGAGUUUGGGCCCUCUCAGGGAAGGAAAGGAAGGAAUGGGCCUGAUGUGCCCACCGCCCGCCUCACCACCACCCCCACUCCCACACUCAGCCCGCUGCACCUGAGGAUUAGAGGGUGCGAGCACCUGUUCCUGGAUGCCCAGGGCCCACGGCCCCCCGCCGCGCCCAGGCCCAGAGGCCAUGGCCUGCCUCCAUGAGACCCGCACACCCUCUCCCUCCUUCGGGGGUUUCGUGUCCACCCUGAGCGAGGCGUCGAUGCGCAAGCUCGAUCCGGACACUUCCGACUGCACCCCGGAGAAGGACCUGACGCCCACCCAGUGUGUACUCCGAGAUGUGGUGCCGCUGGGCGGGCAGGGCGGGGGCGGGCCGAGCCCCUCUCCGGGGGGAGAGCCGCCCCCUGAGCCUUUCGCCAAUAGUGUCCUGCAGCUCCACGAGCAGGAUGCAGGGGGCCCCGGGGGAGCCACGGGGUCACCUGAGAGUCGGGCGUCCAGGGUCCGAGCUGAUGAGGUGCGGCUGCAGUGCCAGAGCGGCAGUGGCUUUCUGGAAGGUCUCUUCGGCUGCCUGCGACCUGUCUGGACCAUGAUCGGCAAAGCCUACUCCACAGAGCACAAGCAGCAGCAGGAAGACCUGUGGGAGGUCCCCUUUGAGGAGAUCCUGGAACUGCAGUGGGUGGGCUCGGGGGCCCAGGGCGCGGUGUUCCUGGGACGCUUCCACGGGGAGGAGGUGGCAGUAAAGAAGGUACGGGACCUGAAGGAGACGGACAUCAAGCACCUGCGGAAGCUGAAGCACCCCAACAUCAUCACCUUCAAGGGCGUAUGCACCCAGGCUCCCUGCUACUGCAUCCUCAUGGAGUUUUGCGCCCAGGGCCAGCUGUAUGAGGUACUGCGGGCUGGCCGCCCUGUCACCCCCUCAUUGCUGGUUGACUGGUCCAUGGGCAUCGCCGGUGGCAUGAACUACCUGCACCUGCACAAGAUUAUCCAUAGAGACCUCAAGUCCCCCAACAUGCUAAUCACGUACGACGAUGUGGUGAAGAUCUCCGAUUUUGGCACUUCCAAGGAGCUGAGUGACAAGAGCACCAAGAUGUCCUUUGCAGGGACAGUAGCCUGGAUGGCCCCUGAAGUGAUCCGCAACGAGCCUGUGUCCGAGAAGGUCGACAUCUGGUCCUUUGGCGUGGUGCUAUGGGAACUGCUGACUGGUGAGAUCCCCUACAAAGACGUAGAUUCCUCAGCCAUCAUCUGGGGCGUGGGAAGCAACAGUCUCCAUCUGCCUGUGCCCUCCAGCUGCCCAGACGGCUUCAAAAUCCUGCUUCGCCAGUGUUGGAACAGCAAACCAAGAAAUCGUCCAUCGUUCCGCCAGAUCCUGCUGCACCUGGACAUCGCCUCAGCCGACGUCCUGUCCACACCCCAGGAGACUUACUUUAAGUCCCAGGCAGAGUGGCGCGAAGAGGUAAAGUUGCACUUUGAAAAAAUUAAGUCAGAAGGGACCUGUCUGCACCGCCUAGAAGAGGAGCUGGUGAUGCGGAGGAGGGAGGAGCUCAGACACGCCUUGGACAUCCGGGAGCACUACGAACGGAAGCUGGAGAGAGCCAACAACCUGUACAUGGAGCUUAAUGCCCUCAUGUUGCAGCUGGAGCUCAAGGAGCGGGAGCUGCUCAGAAGGGAACAAGCUUUAGAGCGGAGAUGCCCAGGUCUGCUUAAGUCACACCCUUCCCGAGGCCUCCUGCAUGGAAACACUAUGGAGAAGCUCAUCAAGAAGAGGAAUGUCCCACAGAAACUGUCACCCCACAGUAAAAGGCCAGAUAUCCUCAAGACUGAAUCUUUGCUACCUAAACUUGAUGCUGCCCUGAGUGGGGUGGGGCUUCCCGGGUGUCCUAAGGGCCCCCCAUCACCAGGACGGAGUCGUCGUGGCAAGACUCGUCACCGCAAGGCCAGCGCCAAGGGCAGCUGUGGAGACCUGCCUGGGCUUCGUGCGGCUUUGCCACCCCAUGAACCUGGGGGACCAGGAAGCCCAGGGGGGCUAGGAGGGGGACCCUCAGCCUGGGAGGCCUGCCCUCCAGCCCUGCGUGGGCUCCACCAUGACCUCCUGCUCCGAAAGAUGUCUUCAUCGUCCCCGGAUCUGCUGUCAGCAGCACUGGGAGCCCGGGGACGAGGGGCCACAGGGGGAGCUGGGGAUCCUGGCUCACCACCUCCAGCUCGGGGAGAUACCCCGCCAAGUGAGGGCUCCGCACCAGGCUCCACCAGCCCAGAUUCACCUGGGGGAGCCAAAGGGGAGCCACCUCCACCAGUAGGGUCUGGUGACGUUGUGGGGCUGCUGGGAACUGGAAGGGAAGGGACAGCGGGACGGGGAGGAAGCCGGGCUGGGUCCCAGCACUUGACCCCAGCUGCACUGCUGUACAGGGCUGCUGUCACCCGGAGCCAGAAACGUGGCAUCUCAUCAGAGGAAGAGGAAGGAGAGGUGGACAGUGAAGUAGAGCUGCCAUCAAGCCAGAGGUGGCCUCAAGGCAUGAACAUGCGCCAGUCACUGUCCACCUUCAGCUCAGAGAAUCCAUCUGAUGGGGAGGAGGGCACAGCCAGUGAGCCCUCCCCCAGCGGCACACCUGAAGUUGGCAGUACGAACACCGACGAGCGGCCAGAUGAGCGGUCUGAUGACAUGUGUUCCCAGGGCUCAGAAAUCCCACUGGACCCACCUGCAUCAGAAGUGGUUCCUGGCCCCGAACCCAGCUCCCGACCCAUCCCACACCAGGACCUACCCAGAGGGGAGCAGGGCCCUCCCACUAAUGAGGACUCAGACUGUGACAGCACUGAACUGGACAACUCCAACAGUGGUGAAGCCUUGCAGCCUCCAGCCUCCCUCCCUCCAUGAAAGCCACUCUGAUUCCUGUACAUAGAAAAAUUAUUUAUAUAAAUAAUAUAUAAGCGCCACAUAAUCCACAGAGAAAGAUGGGGCUGUCCCAGCCUUAAGUCAGGCUCAAGGGAGUCUGACCCCUGACCAAUUCACCUGAUGAAACUCUAGGGCUACUGGCAGCUGUGGAAAUGGAAGGACAAGUACUACCCUAGAGCUGUGGGUAUGGGCAGACUGGCCCCUUCCUGCUUCACCCCAUUAUGUUCAGCGAGCGGUAAGGCAAUAGAAAAGCCAGACUUGCCUCUUACGUUCCUCUAUACUCUUUUCCCCCAACCCUGGGGAGGAGGAAAGGGAGCCACUUAGACUGCACUUUUUUGUUUUCCGUUUACUCUGUUUACACAUUUUGCACUUGGGAGGAGGGAGGCAAAGGCUGGGUCCUCCCCUCUGAGGUUUCUCAGGUGGCAAUGUAACUAAUUUCUUUGUCCCUCCGUUUCUCUGCCCAAGCCCUGGCUUAGGGCCAAGGGGGAGAUUAGGAGAUUGUGAAAGCAUGUGAUGGCUCAGGCUAAAGGAAGGGGAUGGAAGUUUUAAGUCCCUGCUUUUAUCCUGGUGCCUGAUUGGGGUGGGGACUGUCAUAUUGUAACCCCUGUGAAAAAUCUUAAAAUAUAGCCACUCCACGCAGGCCCA